GUUCCCCGGCCGCUCCUGCAACGGCCCUUCCCCCCGCUCCGGCCCCGGUGCCUGUCCGGCCGGGCUGGCACUGCGCAUGCGCCCCGCCCCACCCCCUCGUCCGAUGGCCACUGGCUGCCGGGGCCGGGCGGGGGCUGCAGUCGCCCCGCCCGGGGGAGGAGGGAGCGCGACGCCGGGCACGGGGCGCGCUGAACAGGGGAGCCCGGCGCUCCCGGCCCCGCCACCACUAUGCCCGGCAAGUCCCGCUACAACCUGGUGGACGACAGGCACGACCUGCGCGUGCCGCUGCACAAUGAAGACGCCUUCCAGCACGGCAUCUGCUUCGAGGCCAAGUACAUUGGAAGCCUUGAUGUGCCUCGGCCAAACAGCAGGGUGGAGAUUGUGACCGCAAUGCGGAGAAUCAGGUACGAGUUUAAAGCAAAGAACAUCAAGAAGAAGAAAGUGAGUCUCCUGGUGUCAGUGGAUGGGGUGAAGGUACUGCUUAAGAAGAAGAAGAAGAAGCUGCCUUCAUUGCAGAAAAAGGAAUGGACCUGGGACGAGAGCAAAAUACUGGUGAUGCAGGAUCCCAUCUACAGGAUAUUCUACGUGUCCCACGACUCCCAGGACCUGAAGAUCUUCAGCUACAUCGCCAGAGACGGCUCCAGCAAUGUCUUCAGGUGUAACGUCUUCAAGUCCAAGAAGAAGAGCCAGGCCAUGCGCAUCGUCCGCACCGUGGGGCAGGCCUUCGAGGUCUGCCACAAGCUGAGCCUGCAGCACACCCAGCAGGACGCGGACGGGCAGGAGGAUGGUGACAGUGAGGACAUGGGUGGCCCAGCCUGCCACCCAGCCAGAGCUGAGAAGGCAGCUGUCCCCACAGAGGAGACGGAUAUCGACGCAGUGGAGAUCCCUCCACCAGGGAACAGCACCCUGGAGUUCAGCCGGGGGGUGACGGACCUCGACGCCGUGGGGAAGGACUCAGGGAACUCUCUGGACACCAAGGGCUCCCUCCACCCUGAGAGUAUCCUGACUGCAUCGCCCAGGCUGCUGCUCCCCUCCUCCUCCCAGCUGCCGGACCUGGGGAGCCCUCUCUCCGCUCAUCACCAAAUGCAGCUUCUCCGGCAGCUUCUGCAGCAACAGAUGCAACAGACACAAGUGGCCGUGGCCCAGGUUCACUUGCUGAAAGACCAGCUGGCUGCAGAGGCAGCAGCUCGGCUGGAGGCCCAGGCACGCGUGCACCAGCUCUUGCUGCAGAACAAGGACAUGCUCCAGCACAUCUCGCUGCUGGUCAGGCAGGUGCAGGAGUUGGAGCUGAAGCUGUCAGGAAGCAACACCAUAGGCUCCCAGGACAGUCUGCUGGAGAUCACCUACCGCUGCAAUGCCCUGCCAGUGCUGUGCGACCCCACCACCCCGAAGCCUGAGGACCUCCACCUGCCGCUGCUGGGCCCUGGCCCCGACUCUGCCCAUGCCCUGGGCAGCCCCAUAGUUGACCAAAGCAUGUUUGAGAAUUCAAACACAGCCCCCACACCAAAGCUGCAACACAGCCAGUCUGUCUCCAAAGCCUCACUGGGGCCUCCCCCAGCAGCUCUGCCAGCCGCAGCUGAGGCUGGACUGCGGGUAGGGAGCAGCCAGCACCUUAAGAACCUGAGCAAGGCUGUUGGGGCCAAAGUCAACGACUUCCUGCGCCGGAAGGAGGCCGCCAGUCUGGGAGAGGUGGGAGUGACCGAGGUCAAUGCCAGCGCGGGGGCCGAGCUGCCGGGCGGGAUGCUCGCGCUGCUGGGGGACCAGGCCCACGAUGCAGGGCAUGUGCUGUUGGAAACCUUUCCCCGGCUCGACCCGCCGCCCCCGGCAGCCAAGAAGCGCACACCCCGGGCUUUGAAGACCCCUCUGGACAUGCUGAUCUCCUCCCAACCGGUGGUGAGCAGCCUGGAGUGCAGUGCCGAGGCGCUACCUGAGCAAGGCCAGGAACAUCCCAAGCAGGCUGCCCAGGGGGAGCAGUGGAAGGUGGCAUGGGACAUGUCUCAGCCAGAGGGCAGUGCUGAGCUGGGUGCUCCUGGCACAGCGGUGCCAAACGGGGACGGGCCCUCGCACAGCAGGGUCCUCUCAGUGCCUGACCUCAUCCAUGAGGAGAACCUGGAGGGCAAACUCAAAGCUGCUGACCGGCGGGCAGCGUCUCCGCCCUGCCCAGAGAAACCCAUCCUCAGACUCAGCUGCCUGCUAGAGUACCAGCCCACCGUGGGCGACGUCCAGCCUGUGGCACAGCCCUCCAGCCUAGAAAAUGAGGGACCCCACCCAGACCUCCUGUCCUUUGAGUAGCAGCCCCCAUGUCUCAGGGGAGUCAGCCACUUCCCCCCUCAAGAACACCCCUCCCCAUCUGCUGCAUUGUGCCCUGCAGGCGUGGAAGUCGGGGGCUGGGGGCAUGCUGACUGCACUCUGGGGGCGCUCAGCAGUGACUUCUGUCCAGGGGGCUCAAAGAGAAGCCCAGCCCCUGCCCGCUUCUCCCCUCAAACAAUGGCAGGGCGUGGGGGUGAUUCUCGGGGCUGUCCACACAGUCACUGCCUACCCUCCCCCUGGGCCUUAGUGCAGGCUGUGCAAGUGAGCACUGCUCACCGAGGCCAGUCCUGCACAGGCACCCUGGGUGGAACUUCCAUUCUCUCCCAUCAGGGUCUCCAGCCAUGCCCUGCACCCCCUGCUGCCCUCCUGUCCCGGUAGCUGUCUCACAAGCAGCCCUGAGGCUGAUGGCAGGGGCAGGCCUUGUGCCAUUUGCCACAGGUCCCUCUCGAGUCCCUCAUACACAGUUCCUGCUCCUGUACUGGCCGGCGGCAGUGCCUGCAUCUCCAGCAGCACCUUUCCCUGAGCUGUGCAGGGUGAGGGGCACUGGGCCUGGUCUCUCAGGGGGAAGCCAGUCUGCCCCUCACACACAGAUUGCCCCACUCUAGGGCUCCCUCAGGCUGCUCUAGCCCCUCUGGGCCAUACCCCAUCUGCAGCAGGGGUUGGUCUCUGCUGGCGGCUGCGAGAAGGGAAAUGACUUGAUGAUGGCUCACGUGCCUUGAAGGCCAUGGCCCUGAGGCACAGCCCACAGGACUGGUGUCUCCCACCUGCACUGUAAAAUGCCCAGCGGCUGUCAGGGCUGCCCAGAGGAUUCAGGGGGCCUGGGGUCUUCGGCGGCAGGGAGCCCCCGCCACUGAAUUGCCACCGAAGACCUGGAGCGAGUGAAGGACCCUGCUCGGAGGGCCCAAAAAAACUCUCGUGGGGGCCCCUGCAGGGCCCAGGGCCUGGGGCAAAUUGCCCCACUUGCCCCCCACCCCACCCCACCCCGGGCAGCCCUGGCGGCUGUGCCAGCUGGGGCCACGCAUGCUCUGUCAGCCGCAGAGGCAGGAUCACUCAGGGGAUUGGGGUGCGGGAGGGGGUGAGGGCUCCGGCUGGGGGUGUGGGCUCUCGGACAGAA